AUGCUCUCCCUCAAGACGGGUUGUUUAAGCUUGUUGUCUGCACUCCUGGCGGCGUCGGCGCAGAACAGGUGCACCUCCUUAGUGUGCUCUUGCUAUGUACCAUCUCGGUGUUCUGACUGUAACGAUGAUCAAGUUCACCACAGAAGUAGCAGCAACAACAGCAGUAACAACAAGAAGCGAUUUUCUGCGGCGAAUAAAGAUGGGGUCAGACAAGACUUAUGCAAUGAUAGGCUGCAAAGCCAAGGUAAUAGGAGGACUAAUGGGACUCACAUUGAUCCAAUUCCUCUCAAGAGUAAUCUGAAGAAAUUUACUACAGUGGAGGUAGAUCAGGAAAGGGUAGACACAAGGAAAGUAAAUUGGCCUGAUGCUCAUGGGAAAGAUAUUGCUAAUGUUCAAUUGUUCGAGCCCAGUGUGUCGGAGAGCAGUGAGCUCGAGGGAGUACAAAAUUCUUGUGUUUGUGCAAUUCAAUGAAAGAGGUAUGCCUUUUGCUUUAUGUACAUACUUCAAUUUCAGAUGGGUAUCUUUAUAGACUUGUUGCAGCAAACAUGUUAGAUCAAAAUAAUCGGGUUUAUUUUUGGUGUUCUAUUGCAAUGUGUACCAGUAUGUUUGACUUAAAAUGCACAACAGCAUCUAAACCAAACCGAGCCUUGAGUCCCCAAUCACUUGGGUCGGCUACAUAAAUCCUUUUCCUCCAUUGAGAAUAUAUUUGCUUGGACGAGGGCACUAGGAAGAAUAUUCAAAGAUGUAUUGUUUAAGACACAUUGAAAGAUGCAAGCUGUACAUCAAAAACUAUAAAUGUGAUACUUUAAAGUUUAAAGUAAGAUGUUUGCAUAAUGAUAGCAUGUAUAAAAAGUGAAGGGUGCAAAUAAAAUGAAGACUCAAAUCAUUCAGUGAAAAACAUGCGCAUGGGUUAAGUCCCACCUCCAUGAUAUGUUCUCCAACCUAGUUGAUUUACCAAACAGACUCCUAACC